AUGGCUUAUGGUCUGGAGCAGAAAUAUGCUGAGUCAAAGGGAUACCAGAACAAGGGUGAUAAGCCAGGAUUUCGGUCAUACCGUACUGGAAAGCAGGGAAGCUAUGAGUCAUACCAACCAAAUAUGUCGGGAAACGCAGUGGAUACAAAGCCGCCUUGUGCAUUUUGUGGUCGUACUGGGCAUGGUAUCUGGAGUUGCCACCAGUUUCAACAAAGACCAGUAUUAGAUCGCUGGAAAACUGCUAAAGAGAAACAGUUAUGUUUUCGGUGCCUUGCCACUGACCACCAUGGUAAAGAUUGUCGAAGGUCACGCCAGUGCAACAUAGGUGGGUGUCAACUUACACAUCAUCGAUUGCUUCAUGACCCAGAACACAAAAGCAACAAACCAGACCUUCCAGAGGAGAAGGUCGAGUUCAAAUCCCCACGGGAGGGGGUAAUGGAUGAAGCGAGAGUGGUUACCACGACAACUGGUGAAUCUAACCAUAAAGUACAGAUGCAUUCUCUGAGAACAAUCCCUGUAUGGAUAAAAGCAAAUGGAAAGAGAAUUAAGGUAAACGCAGUACUUGAUGAUGCUUCGAACGAAACCUUCCUAAACGAAGAAGUCGCCGGAUUUCUUGGGUUAAGCGGUAAAUGGCAAGAUGUGCAAGUCCAUGUGUUGAAUGAUGCAGUGGAGACCUUUAAAUCCAUACCUUUGCAAGUCGAGAUUGAGAGUACAGAUCGUCAGUUUUCGAAAGAAAUUAAUGUUAUAACUUGCCCACAUGAAGUUACUGGGAACUACCGUGUAGUAGAUUGGAACCAAUACCAGAAGGAUUGGCCACACUUA